CUGCAUACAUAACAUCCCUACCUUGCAGCCUCUGCUCUGCUCCCUCAUUUCACCCCCACCCCAUGAGGCCAUAACCCUCGGGCUCUAUCGUCAAGGCUUCCUCAUGGGGUGGCUCCGCUCCCUCUUCUCCCCUCUGAGGAAGAUCAUGGUCCGCGCGCAUUCGGCGCGCAAAUACCGGAGGGGGAUGAGGAUCCUGUACAAGGACGUCAAGUCCUGCGAGGACGAAGACGUGCACGUCCUGUGGUCCAUCCUGGUCGACUCGCACCGCCACCCGGCCAUGGUGAAGCUGAAGCUCUAGGACGGUCAUGGCGGCGGCGCGCGGUUUUCGCCGUCGAGCCGGCGGCCAUCAUCUUUCGUGUGGAACUGCACAGUUUCAACGGCAAUGCCGUCUGGGAAAAGACGAGCAGAUACUUUCCUUGUGCGUGUGCGUGUGUGACACCAGUCUGAUGUGUGCACCUUGUGACUCUGUGGGUGAGGUUGAGACGUCGCCUUUGCUUUGAUGUGAGUGUGAGGUUGAGCUGAUGUAUCUGUAUAUAUAGAAAGCUCUUGGUGCCUUACCUAAUGGUAUUGAGUUUGGUUUCCUUUUCCAUUGUUUUUUGCUCAGUCAUAAUUACUCGGUUGACUUGUGUGUUUGUGUUUGUAUUAUGUGUUUGUGUCUGUGGAUAUUUGUAUUGUAUAUUGCUGUGUAAGGUUUUAUAUAUAGCAGAGACAUUGAUGUCAA